UUUAAAAUCGAUCCAUACGGAAAAUAACCACUGGUCUGAGAAGUUAUAACCAUUCUUUGAUUCAUUGUCAUGUGUUCAUUAAAAUAAAUUUUGCAUGUAACAAUGAGUAGGUACUUCCGAAUCGGUGCAAUUUUCCCUUUUUACACAGGUUAUAUCGGUACAGCAAUAUAUCUUGUCUAUACCAGUUUAGGAUAACCUUACCUACCUGCGAUAAUUUCUGAUAAUGUUUAUCUCCAUGUGUGAUAUUGAUCGUUCAUCCUCUGUAUCCUUAAAUUUGGAGGAAAGGCAAUGGAGGUUCCUGGGAAGAAACUGCAGGCAGGAUUAAAUGCUGAGGACACAACCUACUGCCAGCCCUGUGAACAAGAUGACGAAAUCCUCCCUGCUGAGGCAUACUGUACCGUCUGCAAAGAGUUCUUCUGCUCUCACUGCGCAAAUGUCCAUAGGAAACAGAAAAUGACUAGAUCUCAUUUACUUCUUGACAAAUCAAAUAUGCCUACAUAUAUCAGUGGCAUUGAAGUUGAAUAUGAAUGCACAGCGCCUUGUGAUAUCCAUCCGAAAGAGUCUAUCAAUUUUUUUUGCAGCACCCAUCAGACCCUGAUUUGUGGACACUGUUCAGUACAGAACCAUCGAUCGUGUCAUGCUGAUGUCAUAUCAGAUCUCUCCAAGGCCUUCAAAGAUGGCCAAGAGUAUGGAGAUGUCAUUAAAACAAUUGCCAGGUUAUUUGAAGAGAUAAAUUUAUGCGCGUCUGAUGUGGAGAAAAACGUUAACGUUGUAGCAUGGUUAGCUGAAAAUGAAGUUUUCAAGCUGAGAAGAUACCACGAGGAAGUUAACAAGUAUUUUGAAGAAAGAGCACAGGCACUGUUAAAGCUUAUAGAGAAGAUGAAAAGCAAGGACGAAGAGCUACUAGGGUCUCUGAAACCGAAAUAUACAAACCUGAAGUCUAAGCUGGAGGAAAUAAAUGUCACACUCGAAGCACAAGAAAAUAACAUGAUACAGUUGUUCAUUGAGACGAAAAGGGUCAAGAAACUACUAGAGGGCAUGCAGAAUGAGCUUGCUGAUAUUAAGAAGGAAAACGUAAUUCACCACUACGAAUUCAGAAAGGAUCCAGCCAUAGAGCGUCUUAUUGCAUCUGACACUGGCAUUGGGACAUUAGAAAACAUAUUGACUGAAAACACAACCACAUCAGCAGAGAGCGACCGUGGCACAAUAGGACUUACAGUUCAGGGAGAUGGCCAAAUGAAAACCAUUGAAGCUGCCGAACAUACAGUGAGUCAGGCCACUGACCUGACUGUAUUGCGGUUUACACCAGCUAAAGACAUCCCAAUGAAGUCUCCAACUGACAAGACGGACUGCUACCUGUCUAGCAUGAUCCACCUUGCCGGGUCCAUGCUGCUAAUGGCUGACUUUCACAACAACAAAGUCAAUGUGGUGGAUAUGCAGACCAGCAACAUGGUCUUCAAGAUCAGUGUACCGGGUCAGCCAUGGGACAUAUGUCAUCUUCCCGGUGAUAGGGUUGCUGUUACUAUAGCCAAUAAGGGUAUUCAGUUGAUUGAGACUGGAGGGCAACUCACUCUUGGUGACCUUAUUAAAGUGGAUGGUGACUGUCGAUCUAUUGCUUACCAUGAAGAUAGGUUGAUAGUGUCCUUCUGGGCUGGAAAGGUAGCGGUACUGAAUAAGAAUGGGCAUGCCAUAAGACAUAUAGAUAAGGAUAGCAGUGGAAAGGAACUGUUCAAAUCUCCUUUUUACUUAACAGUAGUGUAUGAAAGUUCGACUGCUGUCAUUUACGUAUCAGACCAUCUAAAGAACACAAUUACAAAGCUUGACAUGAACCUUGACAUCAUCAGUACGUUCCAGGUCCCUGCAUUGAAAGGACCAGGCGGUAUCACGGCACUCGGGGACCAACUGUUAAUAUGUAGUUAUGGAAGUAGCACCAUUAUGAUACUUGAUUUGUCCACUGGUCAGAUGACACAACUGAUGGGGAAGGAGGAGGGGAUACGAAAGCCAAUGUUUGCCUACUACUCUCCUCAACAGAGCAAACUUAUUGUCACGGAAAUGUCGAACAAUUCAUUAAAGGUGUACAAUAAAAUCAAAUAAUAUCAGCCAUUGGGGUGCAAUGUUUCCAAACAUCAGUUGAACGUUCACCUUAUCUAUCGCCAUUCAGUUGUUUCAUUCUAACGAGAAUGUUACGUGGACCACUUCAGGAGACUAUUUUUCGAGAUUUUAUUUGUAUAGAACACCGGGUUUUUAGAUCUUAGUAAAGAAUACGUACUCAAUAUGAUUUGAUUAUUUUGUUUUAUUUGCAUUCAAAGUGCGUACGAAUUCAAAUGUUUUUUAAAUGUCAUCGAAAACAUAGCAUUAAUAUUCUAUCAGGAAGAAAUGUUGCUUUAUAUGCAUGUUUAUUUCUUUUAGAUGCAUUUACCUAUCUUAAAUAAAAGUGAUCAGUAUUUUUUUAUUCUUUAUUGGUUGGAAGCCAUUGCGUUGUACAAUUAUCCAAAUCUGAACCAUUCACAUUCAAUGUAUGGUAUUGCAUCAUGUCGCCGCUGUCUUUUUGU